AUGGAAAUGGGAAAAGAUUCAAGUGCAGCGCUAAUGAUCCAGGGGGGUGUGGAUGCCUUUAAAACAGUCGGAUACCCAAUCUGGUGCCAUACAAAUACAUCACCAGGCAACACCGCCGCAGAAGAGCUUGAGCAGAAGGACGGCGCCAUUCCAAGCCAAGCAAAUUCCAAGGUCCACAGGUCUGCAGAAGGGACCGCUUUUGGUUUAGAGAGAUGCGGCGCAGGAACUCCCGUGGCUGAUGGCCCGCUGGCGGAACUAAUAUGA